CAUCUCCGACCUGUCCCUUGCAAGUCACCCAGGUUACUCACACGCGUAGUUACCCACACGCUGAUGGGUUCUGUACCAUGAGAGCGCAGAUGAGGAUAGGAUGUGAGAAAGGAAGUAUUAUUGUCCUCUUCUCGCAGAUGAGGAACUGAGGCACGGCCAAAACGAGGGCCCGAUCCUGCACGGCCGCUAGCUGCGCUCAGCCUCCGAGCAUGUGAGCCGCUUCCCCCGGGCUCGCCGUGCCCCCCGAGCGCCCUGCAGGGUCUGCAUCGUGGCGCCCGGCUCUCGCACCGCUUUUCGGUGAGUUACUUCGGAUCCGGCGCCGGAGUCACUCCCCGCUGCCUCCCGCAGCCCCGACCCGGCCGGGGGGAGCGGGGACCCCAAAGGUGCCGGGGAGAAGUUGGUGGGAGGGUGAAGGAUGGGGGGUGGAGGCUGGGGCCCAGCGGUAGGCAGGUCCGUCCGUCCGUCCGUCUGUCCUCCCUCCCUCCCUCCGCUUUCCUUCCUUGCCUCCCCCAUCCCGGCUUUUUUUUUUUUUUUUUUUUUUUGGUUUAAAACGCCGUCGGGGAGCGGAGGCGCUGGCUCCGGGAGCGCUGCCUUCACGGAGCCGAGCGGAGGUGCCCCUGUUCCCAUCAUCUCCCAUCAUCUCCCAUCAUCUCCCACCAUCUCUCCAUCUCCCAUCAUCUCCCCAUCUCCAUCUCCCAUUAUCUCCCAUCAUCUCCCCAUCCUCUCCCUUCUCCCCGCCUUUCAGCCCCCGUGGCUCUGCUCCGGCAGCCUCAUCCCGGGGACCUGCCAAAUUAGCGGGGCGUUUCAGGGAAGCGCAGCUGCCGGGGGAGCCGCUGACUGCCACAAGUUUUGUCCCUUGUCACCCAGCCGAGGGGCUCCGCCGCGGGGUCCCCCCCCCACCCCCCCUCCCACCCCCCCCCACCUUCCAGCGGCUGCCCCGCUCUGCCGGCGCUGCUGGAGAAGAUGCGCGCAGGCACCCGGUGUGCGAGCCCUGUCCGCCGCGGCACUUGCUGCCGAGGAAACUUUUAAUUUUGCGCCUCAAGAGACGGACUGCUUCUUGGACUACUUUCCUGCCGCGGUCCAGAAGAUAACUUGAGGAAAAUGGAAACAGAUGAGGCUCAAGAUAUGUCCCAGGUUUCAGGAAAGGAAAGUCCUCCAAUUAGUGAUGUCCCAGAUGAUGCAGAUGAACCUAUGCCUGUACCAGAGGACCUUUCAACUAGUACUGGAGGACAACAGAGUGCUAAGAAUGAGAGAGUCUUGGCCGGUAAUAUUAAAAUAGAGACUCAGAGUGAUGAAGAGAAUGGGCGUGCCUGUGAAAUGAAUGGGGAAGAAUGUGCGGAGGAUUUACGAAUGCUUGAUACCUCGGGAGAGAAAAUGAAUGGCUCACACAAUGGCCCAGGCAGCAAGGCUAUGUCAGGAGUUGGAGGCAUUCGACUUCCUAACGGAAAGCUAAAAUGUGAUAUCUGUGGGAUAAUUUGCAUCGGUCCCAAUGUGCUCAUGGUUCACAAACGAAGCCACACUGGAGAACGCCCUUUCCAGUGCAAUCAGUGCGGGGCUUCUUUUACCCAGAAAGGCAACCUUCUGCGCCACAUAAAGUUGCACUCAGGCGAAAAGCCCUUCAAAUGUCACUUGUGUAACUAUGCCUGCCGACGCAGGGAUGCCCUCACAGGCCACCUGAGGACUCACUCGGUUGGCAAACCCCAUAAGUGUGGAUACUGCGGACGCAGCUAUAAGCAGCGCAGCUCUUUGGAAGAACAUAAAGAACGCUGUCAUAACUACCUUCAAACCAUGAGUAUCUCAAGCAACCUUUAUUCAGUCAUAAAAGAGGAAACUAACCAGAGUGAAAUGGCUGAAGACCUGUGCAAGAUAGGGUCAGAAAGAUCCCUCGUGCUGGAUAGACUAGCAAGUAACGUCGCCAAACGUGAGAAAUGUCUGUCUGAUCUUCCAUAUGAUGCCACCACCAACUAUGAGAAGGAGAAUGAGAUAAUGCAGACGCACGUCAUAGACCAGGCCAUUAACAAUGCCAUCAGCUACCUGGGGGCAGAGUCCUUGCGCCCCCUCGUCCAGACACCACCAGGUGGCUCUGAAGUGGUGCCCGUCAUCAGCCCCAUGUAUCAGCUCCACAAACCUCUUGGGGACAAUCAGGCUCGCUCCAACCACACAGCUCAGGACAGCGCAGUGGAAAACUUGUUGCUGCUUUCCAAAGCCAAAUCUGUCUCCUCUGAACGGGAUGCCUCUCCCAGCAACAGCUGCCAAGACUCAACAGAUACCGAGAGCAAUAACGAGGAACGCAGUGGUUUAAUUUACCUGACAAAUCACAUAGGUCCCCAUGCAAGAAAUGGCAUAUCCAUAAAAGAAGAAAGCAGGCAAUAUGAUGUCUUGAGGGCAGGUACUGACAAUUCCCAGGAUGCUUUCAAAGUGAUCAGCAGCAAUGGGGAGCAAGUGAAAGUUUACAAGUGCGAACACUGUCGAGUCCUUUUCUUGGAUCAUGUGAUGUACACAAUCCAUAUGGGCUGCCACGGGUUCCGUGAUCCUUUCGAGUGCAACAUGUGUGGCUACCACAGCCAGGACAGGUAUGAAUUCUCUUCCCACAUAACUCGAGGGGAGCACCGUUUCCACAUGAGUUAAAACUCCUCUGGCACAGAUCCAGCCUCGACAGCUGCGUUACUGGAGCUGCACGAGCAACAACAGCAACAAAGCACAAGUCUACUGGACAGCAAAAGGAACAAGAAAAUCCAAAAUCCAGAGAUCUUCUCCCACAAGAAAAGAUUUUUCUUUUGGUAGCAUGCAUUGCAACUCAGUUUUCUAAAGUGAAUAUUAAAGUUUUUACUGAAAGUAUUUGAUCACCAAAAACCUUUAGUAAUGUAAGUAGGAGCUUUUGUAGUCAGAUAGCUGAAAGCCCUUCCCUUAAGUGAUGCUUCUUGCAAACCUCCCUUGCCAAAACUGUUAACCACGUGCAGAAUGCACAACACGGAUGCGAACGUGACAGACAGGAACGGCCUAGUUUGCUCUCUUAACACCCUGAGCAUAGGGCUCUUCCACCAGAUGCAUAUUUUUUGACUUUCUGGUAUAAUUUGACUCAUUUGGAAAGAUUUUAAACUAAAGAUUGUAGGGGCCCAUCGCAGAUGACUUCGCAGACAGCUGGGGUGAGACUGGAACCCAGCCAGAGGGUCCAGGGUUACUUUGGCAGUAAGAUGUAGAGUAUUUCCACCUGCAAGGGUGCUUCUGGGAUUGACAUCAUGGCAUGCCUGGUUUGUGUCUCUAGGCAGGCGAGCAGGUGUGUGACAGAUAUAAGGAACACCCCUGUAAUAUACUCUGUGAAGUAUGGAUUGCAUUUAAUGUAUAGAAAAGAGUAUUGAUGGCUCUUCUUUAAAUAAAUGUUUUCUCUCCCUAUCCAAUAAAACCCCACUUUUCGUUAAGAAGCCCCUCCUCUUGCUGCAUAAACAAGUUACAGUGUAUUUAAUUUUUCUUUCUCUUUUAAGUUUUAGUUAUUUAGAGAAGUAUGAUGUACAGUUGAGAAAAGCACUAGCUAGAAAUAUGUGUGGCGAAAGUCUCCUUAUGCACAUUUCUGAUCUUUUUACACUGCCUGGAAAAUACCCAAAUAUCCCUAUAUUUUAUCUGUGAGAAAUUCCCACUCUGCUUCCACAGAAGAUGACCUCUUGUAGAUUUUGUGGCUCUACUUGUGUUGCACUUAAUUACUUGUAAAACACCGAGCUGAAUUAAACCAGCCAGUUAAAAUUUGUAGCCUUCUCCCUCUUUCCUUAUACUUGCUAUUUAACGAGGGACCAAUCCCUCGAAGGUGGGUCCCUUUGCAAAGGUGCUGAGCACCUUGGCUUCCUAUUCAACAAAACACUUACUGUUUAAGUUACUUUUACUUCAGCAGAGCUAAUUUUAAGGUUAAAAAAGGUUAAAAAAGGUUAAAAAAAUUGUGUUUUGCUGAAUAGAGACCAGAGAAUGCAGCACUUUGCAGAGUGCAGUAAAAUCUGUCAAGAGCUUUCUCCAUGGCAGCUUCUGCUGCAGAUAUUGUAACUUCAGUUAGAAUAAAAACUUCCAUGACACAUACUUUUUAUACCCAAACACAGCUGAUAUAAAAAAGUAUUUCUUAAAAACUUCUUCUUAACUUCCUCUUCCAAAUAGUUCAUUCCUCUCCCUGAAAUAUUGGUCUAAAAAGAAAUCUUUGCAGCUGCACAAAAAACUCUCAUUGUUGCUGCAGCAUUUCCUGGGCAGCAUUCAUAAAAACAAGCUACCCAAUUACCUUAAUGCAUAAAUACUUUCACUUGGAAUAACAAAUGGAUAUUCUCCAAUAAACAAGAUCAUAUAUCCAACAAGGCCAGCGGUCUUGUAAUACAGUUACAUGUUCUCCAUCCCCUAGUGCAUGCAAGGACAGAUAUGUGUUUUAAAAGAGAUUUGAGGGAACCACGAACGCUUGUACCUAGGGCAAUUUGGCCUGGUAGGCGUAGUUAUAUUUAAUGCACAGUUCUAGUACAGACACCCAGUUCCUUCUUCUGCUUUCACUUUUGCAGGUGUAAGCCAGGAGCAACAACACGGAAGUCAGAGGAAAGAUACUGAUGCGAAUUAUAAAACUGUGCAGAAUAGAAUAUUUUACACUCUUACCUGUCUUAGCUUUUCAUGCCACUGGCAGGACACUUACUUGAUAGAAGGUGUGUGCACAGCAGUGCUUUUAACCCGUAAGUGCAUGCGGGCGUGCAUGGUGAGUAGCUUUGUCACCAGAUGCCUUGCAUGCUUGUCCACAGGCUGCUCCGUGUACCUACAUCAGUGAAAACAGAUCAUUAACACACACCAGGUAGGACAGAGCACACCGAGUGGCCAGAGACCCCCCCAGACAUUGGUACAACACGUGACAGACCCAGAGCUGAGCUCCUCCUGCUCCCCCAUUUUAGCUCCGUUGCCUUAUGGGACUGCAGUUACAGUUUGGUCAGCGAUGUCUGUUACGUAUUGAGCUUCAGGACAGUAUGUGGCAGUGAGGCAGUACCACUUUGUAUAGGGAUGACCUGGAGGAGACCUUCAAGGGAGGAGCUUACAGUUUUGUUUGGUUGUUCUAAAUAAAGUUUAAGCGGGUUCAUUUUUUCAUAGUUGGUAGGAAUACAUUCACCUGUCCUUACCCCUCUCAACUUUCAAUUGAUUCAGACCAAGAAGGGACAAAGUAGUUUCUUGGCCCCUUUUCAAUGUCAUUUGUGUAGUCAUUCUUCUUUUAUUACUCUACCACCACUUUUCCACUGUUCUUAGAUUUAGGUCUCUAUACACCUCAUGCUAUAAUCUUUUUUUAAUGCUCCAUUUUAAGACGCACCAGGCUAAAAAAUAGGGGAUGGGGGUGGCAAAAGCAUACUCAGGUGAUUUUGUUUCUUUGUUUUUAUAAAAAUACAAUACAAAUAAAGCCACAUUCUUCAACCUUGUAAGCAAGCAUAGUUCCAGUUGAGUUCAAAACUGCCUCAGACUCCGCUUUUAAAUACAAUUUAUGAUUUCUGGCUAGGUUCACUGCCUUUGCAACAUUUGUGUGCGCACACGUAUGACUUGCUGUGUCGCUUUUCUUCUCAACAUGCACAUGCCCUAACAAAAGUUUUGUGUAUCAUAAAUAUUUUAUAUACAUAUAUAAGUGUAUAUAUAUGUAUAUAUAUAUACAUCUAAAAUGGUUUGUAUCACAUGAUGAUGCACUGUCAAUCACAGUGGGUUUGUUUCCUGGGUCUGGAGUUCCCUUAUUUAUACUAUCACAGAAUAUGUUGAUGUUGUAUAUUAAACAGUACAGUGGUAUAAGUAAUAUUAAGAUACAGUGUAUCAGAGGGCGUAGUCAAAAGGCAGGAGCAAACAGCAUUCCCUUUCAUGAAGGGGCUUUUGGGGGUUGUUUUUUGUUCGGAUUUUGCACAAAAUCACCUUCCAUUUGUUCAGAACCAAGUGUUUCAAUAAUUUUAUUGUGAACAUGCAGGGAAGGCAUGAAAGUAGGAUGUUGUGUGUGUACAUCUAAACAAACUGUGCCCUCAGAAAACUAGUUUAGCAUAAUCUUCCUUUUCUCUCCUUUGCUAUGGUGCAAUAGCCUAAGAUGGUUUAGAUGAACCCUAAAAAAAUAAACAUGGUGAAUGGCUUUAAGUUUACACCUGUUUGAAAAAAAAGGUGAAAAAGAACGGCUUCCCAGCACUCCCCAGGCACUGCCUUUUCCAACAGAAACAUUGUAUUUACACACUUCUUUUCUGUGAUUUUCUAUUGUAACUUUGUUUUCCUUUGAGAACGUUGUAUUUAAAAAAAAAAAAAAAAAAGGGCAAAUUUCAUAAAAAUUGGA